AUGGCGUCCAACACUUUGAACCGCUCCGCUUUUGUGCUUCUCGUCAUCUCCGCGGUCCUCCUGGGAGUGGGCCACGCAUCCGCACGCCUGGUGCAGGGCGACCAGCUGGACGCCUCCGGCGCAGCCAGCCUUCCGGACGCCAGCGGUUUCUUUGAAGCAGACCUCGACCAGGAGCUUGCUGACCAUGUCUCCAGAACGCUGCUUGCGGUGCAAGCUGGUUGCGUCUGCCCCCCCGGCACCGGCGGCAGCAACUGCGACGUGUGCACCGCAAACACAUUCUCGCCGGGGGGGUCCCCCCCGCUAGUACGACCUGCCAGCCCUGCGCCCCCGGCUUCAUAA